AUGGCCAGCAACGGCCAAGUCGAUGGAGGGGCACAGGACAACGAGCAGUAUGGCUCAGCGCAACCAGCCCGGGGACUAGGAGGCUUGGGUAUAUCAUACCCAGCCUUGAUCCAUCGAUCUGAGUCCAGCCAACCGCUCGUAUCCAACGCGGCCCCAAACGCGGGUCCUUCCUCCCCACUGUACGAAACAUCAGCACAAUUCAGCCAGGCUGAGUUCUGGAAUCCUCAACUCUCCGGGCGGACUUUGGGCGGCUUCUCUCCCGCGGUAGGCUCUCCGAAUGCAAUGCCUUCCGAGGGCGAUCUGAGGGGCUCGAUCUACUCGGCGUGGGACCGGGGCUCCAAGACGGCGAUAUACCGGUCCCUAGAUGACGAAGGAGCGCCGGCGGGGCACCGAAUGAGGAGGGAUGACGACGACAGUAUCAGUCUAGACUCGCUGCAGAUGCACGACGAAGGCCAACAAUACUCCGGCGACACCUUCAACUCUGCCGGAGAGCUCAACCAUGGCGACUACGACACCUUCAAGAAACAAGCCCACGACAUGCCCCGCCCCUUGGGUGCGCCAGCUGACGUUCGCGUCAGCCGCCUUAGCUGGCUGGCCGUGUGGCUGAUCAUAUUGUCCAUCUACUCGACCAUUCUCAGCGGAAUGUGGUUGGGCGUGGCGAUCGCGCAGCCGAGAUGGGGCCACACGAUAUCAUCGCGUGGCUCAAUGACGCUGUCGACGGCCAACGUGCUGACUGCCAUUUUUGCCAAGACGAUCGAGCUGUCUUUCGUGACGGUGUUUGUGGCCUUUCUGGGCCAGGUUCUGACGAGGAAGGCCAUCGCGACGAACGCGGGGAUGACUGUGGCAGAGAUGACAAUGAGAACCUGGAUCACUCAACCGGGAUCGCUACUAGCCAAUGGCCAGACUUUACGAUAUGCUGGCCAUACUCUCCUUGGCAUCUUGACUUUGAUCGCAACACUUGUUGCAAUGCUUUAUACUACAGCCUCUGACACGAUGGUUCGGCCUAAGCUUCGCUUCAGUGGUUGGGAGGAGAAGUAUUUAGACAGCUACGUUAUGGCGUCUUAUGCGAAUGCGGAAUACGUGAAAGCAACAUGCUCAACUCCAAUUUCCACAGAAUUGGAUCCACUUUCGUCUGGCGAGUCUUGCCUCGGUGUGCAGUACUCUGGAGAUUCAUACCAGAACCUCCUCACCUUCAUGGCCACUUGGCGGGACAUCAACUACAACGGCAGCACUGCGAGCCGUAAGAUGGCCGAGCGACCAGCUGCUCAAGCGAUGCUUUACGACAAUAUCACGAUGGUUGGCUCGUGGAUUGAGGCACAGUAUUCUGACGCAUCUGAGAGUUUCAAGACACACGAAAGAGUCGUGAACAAUGUCUCGCUGGCAUUACCGCAUCCAGGAGUCUACAAAGCAGCGACCAACAAGGAGAACAGAAUCCUCCAGCCCUCAGAUCUCGAUGGACUCGGCUCGUACAACAUCUCUGCUAGCGUGAUUUCGCCCGCGGUAAAUGUACUCUGCGUCAACAUGAACAGGGAGGAGCUCGAGCCUUUAGUUUACACAGCCUGGCCGAACGCAAAUGUUACCAAAAAUGCGAACGAUCCCUACCAAGAAAUCGGCUCGGAAGAGUGGGAAGAUGACGUGCCGGUAUCAUCUGAGAACGAGUGGCUCAAUAGCACGGUCGUCGACAUCUUUCGCUGGGGACCUCAGUACAAGCGACGUCCGCCAGUCUUCCAGCUCUACCCAAUCGAUAAUAACAUAAUAACCAACACCACAGUCCAACCUUACAACACCACUGUGCUGGCGGAUGCAAUCUACCUGUUCGGCAAGAGCAGGCUGAUGGACGACUACACUCUCUGCGAGCUGCGCUCCUGGCCAGCUAUACAAUGCAGCACACAAUUUGACGUCUCAGGCGUGACUGGAAUGUCAAUGACAGCGCAGUGCUCGCAGACUGAGGACUUCUUCCCAGAAACAGCGGACAAUCACCCAGAUCCUGACGCUUACGUGCACUACAUGGGAACCGGCGAGAUCGCCGCAAGCUCUGACUGGAAAUACAUGGUGGACGGGUGGCGGUUGGCGAUCGACCUGAACGGCGGCGUUUCUAACAACAACGCCUCGAACGCGAGGAUCCUGACCGAGCUCGCACUGACGGAGCCCCAGCUCAACGAUACGCUGCCCUCUAUGGCGGAGGCGCUGGCGGUGCUGAUAAGCAGCACUCUGGUGACGGCGUCGGUCGGCACGCCGUUCAAGCACUACUGGGAGUACGACACGACCGCGUGGCCUAACAUGACAGGCAACAAUAUUCUGCCGGCGCCAGGCGCGGCAGUAGACUUCCACGCGCGCGUGCGCACGCAGGAGUACGCCAGCUGGCACUCAUCGCCGUGGCAGGGCGUCUUCUACCUCGUCCUGGCGUUCGCCUUCCUUAUCAAUCUGCUGUGUCUUGCGUACUUCUUCCGUGUCGGCCUCGUCAAGGAUUUCCUCGAGCCGACCAAUCUCUUCGCGCUGGCCACGUCGCGGCCGGGUCAGUUGCGCGGGGAUGCCCUGCUGGGGACCCCGCAAGCCGACGGGGAUAGAAAGAGGAAGACGGGCCUGGCGGUGCCCUACCGGCUGGCGUUCAAGGAGGACGCAAAUCACUAUUACUUUGAGGAGGCCGAGGAUGAGAAGAACGCUGGCGCGAGAGCUACCGCGGUCGAUGUCGAGAGUGGCGCUGGUGGCGGGAAGCGGAAGAGCUAUUAUCGCUUGAGCAGUAAGAUAGGACUCUACAUCUAUGGCCCUCUUAUCGAUGCUGAUGACGUCGAUUGCUUCGCAUGA